UUGGUUUUGAAGACAUGACAGUACAUUUAUUAAAGGUAAUGCUAAACAUGAUGUUAGAAACACCCCCAUUUUCUGAGUGCGCUAUUCCAACAUGGCGGCAUUUUGGUUGCCGGUAGUUUUUCUCGUCCUGUUCGCCUUCUUCGAUGUCUGGUACUUCGUCAACGGUUUCAUCACGUGGAUGGUGGCAAAGUUACAGAAAACAAUACGGAAGAAGGGCGUAUUGGAGGAAGCGGUUACUUAUGGCCUGGUGACCACCACUGAUCUGGAUUUCAUGUGUCACAAGAACAACGCUCGCUACCCUCGCAAGUGUGACUUUGGCCGGUUCCUGCUGUGGGAGUCUACAGGAAUGUGGGAUAGCGUACUGAAGCUGGGGGGUUCCAUGGUAUUGGGAGCUUCUACCAUCCGCUAUCGCAGAUCACUACAGUUCCUGGAACCUUUCCGGGUCAGGUCUAAGAUUUUAUGCUGGGAUGACAAGGCUUUUUAUGUGGAGCAGCGAGUGGAGUCUCUGAAGGAUAACUUCAUCUGUGCUAUAGUGUACUGUAAGCAGAGCGUGCUCCGUGUGAGUCCAGCCAAGGUGGUGGAGGCCAGGUGUGGGCAGCCCACAGACAGCCUAGAGUUUCCUUCCGAGAUCUCGACGUGGAUCGAAAUGAACAACAUCUCCAGUGAAAACCUCCGCAAAAGUCUGUGACAUGCCACGUGGGUUAGGCAAAGUAUACCAUGAAGUUGAAACCAGUCAUAGUCUCUGUGGAUAUAAUC